AUGGUUUUCAGACCGGACGACAAUGGCGACGAUACGGAUCUCGAACGGGCGCUCCCCGUACCAGAAGUCAGAGAGAGACGGGCUAAUCCCCACAUGAACAAGAAACCGCUGAGGGAUAUGUGGUACAAGGGAGUACCAGAGAAUCUCGAGCUCAAAAAGCGGCGUCGCUUGAUUCCCGAAGAUGAGUUUCGCUACGUCAAACUUCAGCAGGGUGAGAUCAGGCUUCUCUGUCUCGCUCCCCACGAGACUGGGAAGCCCUCCUCGCCCUUGUACGCAAGGGUCUUCACAAGACGGCUCGAGGACGUCAAGGGCUGCUAUGAGGCUCUCUCAUACACUUGGGGUGACCAGAGCACGCGGCCAAGGGAGGAGAUCCAUCUUCGGAAUGUCAACCACAGACUGCCCAGCCCAGACAGGCAAAAGGGCGAGAAAUUUGAUGUCAACAUGUUUGUCGGGGCUGUCUUGCGCAUCAAGUACCACCGGUUCGCCAUAUACAAGAACCUCCACGACGCACUGAUGCAGCUACGCGGGAGCGCCAAGGAAGUCAACAUAUGGGUCGACGCCAUCUGUAUCGACCAGAGCAAGAGCGGCGAGGAGGAGAAACGGCAGCAGCUGAAUAUGAUGGACGAUAUAUACAAGUCUGCCGCCAACGUGUGCGUCUGGGUCGGCCCCAGCUUCCGCGGGUCAAAGGAGGGGAUCGAGCUUGCACGCGAGAUUACCAAUUUCCAGACUUUCGACAGACUCAUAGCCUCCGUGUCAUGCGAGAAGCGGUGGACAGAGCUGAUCAAGCUCCUCAAGCUCCCGUGGUUCAGCCGCCGCUGGAUUAUCCAGGAGAUCGCUCUGGCGCGCGAGGCGACGGUCCACUGCGGUGACGAGCAUAUCCACUGGGACGACUUUUCCGAGACUGUCUCACUGCUGCUCGAUCGCAUUAGCGUACUGAGGAAGAGCUUCCGAGACGAGGUUUUUGAGAACGUGGAGACGACGAGCGGGUUCAUCCUCAUUGCCAUGCUCGACACGGUCUGUCGCAAAUCGGACAGGGGCGCUGCCCUCGCAAAACUCUGCGACCUGGAGACCUUGGUGUCUACUCUCCUGGGCUUCCAAGCGACAAACCCACGAGACGCCAUCUUCUCUGUUCUCUCGCUCGCCCGAGAUCCUCCCCAGCCCGGGGAAGCGUGGGAAGCUAAGCUCCAUGGCGCAGCGUUGACACGGCUCAAUACACCUCGCCAUGGCGGCGCUGCGUCUACAAGAGUCUCAAGAGAAGCCGAUCCCAGCAUGUUUUUCAAAUACCAGCUCAGCACACGAGACGUAUUCGUCGCCUUUGUGACGAGAAGCAUCUACAACUCCCGCUGCCUCGACCUCAUCUGCCGCCACUGGGCGCCACCAGUCGUGGACAAGUACGGCAAGGAGGUGGCCAUGCCUUCUUGGGUCUCGCCGCUCAUCCGAUCCCCGUAUGGUCUCGCGGGGACCUUCAAGGGACGUCAGAAUAGCGACAACCUGGUGGCUUACGCUCCCGAGGACCGCAGGAAGCGCUACAAUGCCGCAGGCUCUUCCGAGGCAGUUAUUGACAUGGUGGACGAUCAGGCACCCGGUUUCGCGAUCCGACACCCAGUCAAGAGGUCUCUUACAAUCACGACGGCUUUCCCAACGGUGCCCGGAUUUAUCGCCCAGGGACAGUCACCGGGACCCAUUACCUCGCCUCUAUCGCCGGUCUUCCCAUUCAGCGCCGCGGACGCUGCACGGCGCGAGCUGCCAGCAGCUACGAACGGCACUUCGGUGCAUAUUCUCAACACCACUGAGGUUCCUUCAACACCUGUUCCUCCGACACCCAGUCAACCCCCGCCCAGUCCUACAGUCCGCAUCGAGCUCCCCUCCGACGCAGGCAGCGGCGUCCCUCGGCCGACCAUGGCCGCCAGGAGGAUCUCCGCCAACGGCCGGCCGCGGCGGAGCUCGUUGAUGCAGCCCCAGGGCACGCUGCAGCGCUCGCCGGACGUCGAGCGCGCCCACCACCUGAGCGGCGUGCUCUCGGUGCGCGGGUUCGUGGUGGGCCGCGUCGCCGAGAUGUCGGACGUGAUGCGCGGCGGCAUCGUGCCGGGCCGGUGGAUGGAGUACCUCGGCGCGGGUGGGUACGGCGAUGGCGACGGCGACGAAGAUCCGAACCGCGUGCCCGAGCUGCUGUGGCGGAUCCUGGUGGCCGACCGCACGCCGCGCGGGGGCCACCCGCCGCCCUGGUACCGGCGCGCCUGCCUGCACGCGCUCAACGACCCGCGCAAGACGGACCACGAGGGCAACCUGCACUCGGUCACGCCGCCGGACCGCGAGAUCUCGGAGCACAGCACGCUGUACCUGCAGCGCGUGGAGAGCGUGGUGUGGAACCAGCGCCUCUUCCGGGCCGAGCUGGAUGUCAAGAAGAGCACUGGCCUGGCCAACGGGCAUGUCGACAACGCGGUGGUCAAGGGUCCGCUGUUUGGCAUCGGGCCGAGUGACAUUGGGCUUGAUGAUAUAGUGUGUAUUUUGCUGGGGUGCAGCGUGCCGGUGGUACUGAGCCCCGGGAAGAGAGAAGGGCUAUACCGCGUCGUUGGUGAAGCAUAUGUCCACGGCAUUAUGGAAGGCGAGUGUAUGCGUCUGGAUGCUGAGCGACAGACCUUCUUACUGGAAUGA